CCCAUGGAGCGAGACCGUCUCUGAUGCUCCAUCCCGCCUGAGCCCUGCAGUGAUUCCCGGCUGCUGGCACCGAGGGACCGUUCCCGGUUCCAGGCGUGGAUCCCUUUUCCCAGCUGCUCGUUCAGGGACGGCGCCCAUCGAUCCCCGCUGUCUGUGGGAGCUGCAGGGGACAGGUCAAGGUGUGUUCCUCCCUCUGGCUCCGCUGCCCGGGACUGUGCGGUGAGUAACAGGCCAUGGAGCGGCUGGCGGAGGAGCUGACCUGUGCCAUUUGCUACGACAUCUUCCAGGAGCCGCGGGUGCUGCCGUGCUCGCACACGUUCUGCCAGGGGUGCCUGCAGGACCUGCUGCAGCCCUCGCACGAGUUUCCCAGCGGGAGACACCUGCGCUGUCCCACCUGCAGGGCCGUGGUGUCCGUUCCCGCUGCCAGGCUCGAAGCGCUGCCCCUCAACUUCGCCCUGAAGGCCGUGAUCGAGAAGUGGCAGCAGGAGGAAGGGGCCGGGGCGGGGACGUGCAGGGCACACCCCCGGCAGCCGCUGAACAUUUACUGCCUGCAGGACCGGCAGCUGGUGUGCGGCCAGUGCCUCACCAUCGGCAAGCACCACGGGCACCCCAUCGAUGACCUUCAGAGCGCCUACAGGAAAGCCAAGGAGGCUUCGGGAAAGCUCCUGGCGGAGCUGACGGAUAAAUCCCACUCCAAGGCGUUCUCGUGCUCCGAGAGGCUGCAGCAGCAGAAGGCCCAGUGCCAGAGCGCCCUGCAGAGUGACAGGGAAGCUGUGCUGCAGUAUUUUAAUGAACUUGGUGAUGCUUUGGAGAUCAAAAAAGCAGCUCUGCUGAGUGCGCUGGAUGAACUCGACAGCUGCAUUUCACUGAAAUACGAUCCCCUCAUCGAGGAUGUGGAAAAGCUGAAGUUAGAAGAGAUUGAGUUAAAGGAGCUGCUUUCAGCUGUUGAGAAGGAGGAGUCCCCACUGCUUUUCCUGAGGAAGCUGGAUGGGCUGCAGCAGCGGUUCCAUGCUCUCAUACAGCAGCAACUCCCGAACCCUGAACCUCUGGAGAUUCAUCCGAGGAUGGAGACACUGCUGCAGGACACGUGGUCUAAAACUGAAAUCGGCCAGGUCAACAACAUCCACAUUCCAGAACUCUACCUGACUGGCAAAAGCCACUGCUCUGGUAAGCAAACAGGAGCAUCUGCAAUGUGGGCUGCUCUUAGAGAACCAAGCUUUAUUUUGCUGUUUGUGUCUCUAGUUGUGUCACUAUGGCACACGGCAAUCUCAUCUGGCACCAUCCCAGCUCCUCUCAAAGCCCUCUCGGAAUUCCUGCUGCAGAUUUAUCAGGAUUCCUGCAUCUACCUGUGGGACAGAGUGCAAGAGCUGUGCUACACUUCUGCCCUACCGAGGGAGUUGUGCAGGAGAAUUCUUCCCGACGACUUCUAUUAGAUGAAAAUCUAGUGCAGCAACCCAGCAUUAGUCUUAAUUUCUACUUAAAAGCUGGAUUGUUAAAGCUCUACACUUGUUCUAUUUCUGUAUCCUUCCUUUUCUGCAUUGCAUGGAUUUCCUCUGAGCUGAAGUUCUGAUUCACUUAAGGUGAGGAGAGUUUUGUCUUGAUCCACAACUGCGGAAUUUGGUCCUUAACAUCCUCCUGGAAUUCCUUGCCAAUGCUCAAGUGCAUUGCUGAGCUCCUCCUGUAACUCUUGGCAGUUUUGCAUUGUAGUAAAUUUCACUGUUUCCUUAAGUUGGUGUCUGUGACUUCGGUGCUGCCCCUGCCCCCUGGAAAAACCAAUGCACUCUGUGUUUUCAUCAAUUUACAUACAAAUAAAGCAUUUUCUUAAAGCA